AUGCACACGAUAGCCAGGGAAAAUUUGCAGCAUUUUCUUUAUGCUUACAAAGAGUCGCCAAAAGAGCCAGGACUGCCUCUGAUCCACGACGCAAAGCGCAGCCAAGCGCAGCGCAAGGAACGCAACCACCAACACGCUCUAAAACACCUUCGAGCCGCAGUGAACCUCAAAGUAGCAUUCGCUGUCAAAGCCAACGCCAAGUACGAUGGAGCUCUUGAAGAUGAAUCUCCAAUUCAGAAAAAGACAAUUUCUUACAACAAAGGCGAUUUCUUGCAUAUUUACAUGCGCUACUCUCCGGAUUGGUGGAUUGGAAGAGUGGUGGCCAAGGAAACAAAGAUCGGCUUUAUCCCAACGGCAAGGCGAUUGGCUCGAUUGGUGGAGGAGCAGAACGACGAGGAGCCGGAACAACCCGCUGUUGAGAAAAAUGCCAUAGUAUCAAAACAGGCGGAAAUCUGGGAAUGCCCAACACCAUAUACGGUAGUUCCAUCUACUCGCCCCAUCGUCUUACUUGGACCAUGCUACCAAUCUUCAAGGCUAACGCAGCUAAUGCAUGCAGCAGUCAGGUCCGCGAUAGUGAAGAAAUUCGGCAGUAGGGUGCGUCGGCUGGCUACUGACAUUGGUGACAAAGGCUCAUCUAAAUUGACAUACGAUAUUAACGAGAGAGAACUUCGCCUCAUUACUGCGAUGACUGAGGACCUACACUUAAUUCUGCUCGAGUGUCCCAACAUCAGCUCUCCAAGCGAUGUAGAGAAGCUCAACAUGGCUCCUAUAAUGUUUUUGUUCAGGAUCAGCAACAGAAAGAUUCUACUGAAACUUCUAAAGAAAAGCGGCAUCAAAGGUGGACAUGCAAUUGCAGGAGCAGACGCUCUGAAUCAGCUAUCUCCAGAUCAGGUAGAUUUGAUCAUCGAAGACAACGAUCUGGAUGAUGCGACACGGAAAAUCUUCAAAUUUCUCGAAGCUUACUGGCUAGCAUUACAUCCUACCACGCCGAUACUUGAGAAUGAAUACCUAGAGAAAAGCACUACUUCGACACCAAAAGGAUAG